UAACAAACCUCUGUUUGCCGUCUUCCAUCAAUCGAUCAAUUUUUUUUUUUGUGUUUCCGAUGAAUCUUCUGAUGCGUUGCAGUUCUUAAACUCAAUCGGAAUUCAAGUUCCAUUCUCCCUUCCCCUACAAAUUCAAUUUUUAUUUUUCAGAUAUUCGAUCAUCAAAGUCCGUCAGGCGAAUUCCAGCUCCGAUCACAUUCCGGAAAAACAAAUGGGCAGUUUCCUUUUUAAUUUAACAUGGAGAUUGUGGGCUUUAAAUAUAGUGAAUGGAUGGAAUGAAUGAAAGGAGAAAAUCAAGAAAAUAAAACUUAAUCAAAUGACUACUGGACUUCAUCUAAAAGGUGUGAGCUGGCCAGAAUAGAUUGAAGCACGUACCGAGACAUAAAAGGCGUUUUACAAUGAGGUGUAAGGUUCCUUCGCUGGUAGAUUUAUGUGUUCAGACAGCAGUAGAUAAUGUGAGAUACCUUGGGGAUGUUGGUGAAACAGACACUCAUCUACUAGAGCGUAUUUUGCCUCACUGUUCUCUUGAACAAUUAACACAUGUGGAGAAUUCGACAGAAGGAAGAGAUCUCAGUCAAGUGACUGAUAGACUUUGGAAGAGGUUUUACCAGAUUGAGUUUGGUGACAAGAGCAUCAAUCAGGUGGUCGAGAGAAUGAAGAAAGUGAAAGUAACAUUUAAAUGGAAACAGUUAUAUGAGGCGAAGACAGAGGAAAUGGAGGAAACUCAACAAAGGUCAUUCGAGAGAAUCAAGGAAUUGUACCAAAAUGAAAAUGCUAAACGGCAAAGCCGACAAGUUCGAGUCUGCACAAAGGUUCCCCCUUCUAGCAAUAAAAGAAGCUUUUAUGGUAGUGGACUUGGUAGCAAUUUUGGCAACACAAAGAGUCCGUUGAUGAAGAAGGCAAAAAUAGAGUUUGUCAACAGUCGAGAAGUAAAGAAUUUAGCUGCUAUGAAGAAUAAGUCUGUGCAAAGAAAUCAUAGCCAAGUUUCUUCUAUUAAGAAACCAGGUGGUUUAGUUUCUUCUCAAGAAAGAGGCAGAGGAUAUGAGCCUGACACAGCAGCUAGGCGUGAUUCCUCCACAUAUCCUGACACCGCAGCUAGGCGUGGUUCCUCCACAUAUCCUGACACCGCAGCUAGGCGUAGUUCCUCCACAUAUCCUGACACCGCAACUAGACUUGGUUCCUCCACAUAUCCUGACGCUGCAGCUAGGCGUGGUUCCUCCACAUAUCCUGACACCACAACUAGGCUUGGUUCCUCCCCAAUGGCUUUGUCAGCAAGAUCGAAAUCUACAAGGCGGUGGGAGAGAAGUUAGGCUGGCAUUUUAUGUAUCAAAGUUGGCUGUUGAAAGAAAAUGCUUAGUGUGUUUUCUGCUACAUGAAAGCGCAGUUCUGUAAUUUUUAUAAAACGCCUGAGAGCACAACUCUGUAAUUUUCAUAAAACGCUUGGCGUGCUCCGUAUAUCAUGCUUAACAUCAUGCUAAAUCCAUGAUUCUGCAAAUAGUGCUCUUGGAUUUGUUGUUAAGGUGGAUAUUCGGUAUUCGGUUUUGUAAACAACCCUUUGGAUGUUAAACUCUAUUUAAGGAUCGAGUCUUCUCGGGUCCUCUUAGUUGAAAAAAAUAUUGGGCUAUUGCAUGAUA